UUUAUUUGUAAUGCACUUUAUAUUGAAGAAACAACACACUUAAAGUGCUCUACAAAGAAUACUUAACAGAUGUCAAUCAUUUUUUUGUUUUAACAAUGUUUUGAGACACAACACGUGUCGUCGUGGUCGUCGUGAGUCAUUGUUCCGUUCGGCUGACGUUGGCUUGUUGUUAGUUGCACACUUUUCUUUUUGCGCCACUAUUAAACUUCUCCUUUAUCCAAACUUUGUCACCAGUGUAGGUUUUGUUGUGGUACGUCACUUAAAUGAGUCCAGUUUACAGCGAGACCAAAAGUUCCGCCUGCUAAACUUGAGUUAGGACUGAGUUCGAGCCACACUCCACACCACAUGGUGGCGGUAAUGCACCGAAUCGUUGUUUGCCAACCGACAUAAAACCUCAAAGAAGAAGAAGAAGCAGCAGCUUCCGGUGUCCGCGUCACGUUGGUGAUGCACGUCACUUCCUGUUAGGUUCGGGCGGGCUGGUUGAAGUCGCAGGACGUGCCUCGUUGACUGUUGUGUAACUAAAAGAACGCAGAUUAUCGAUUAUAUAUUCUGUGUUUACUUCACGCGCUGAUGCCGCGGACGAAUGUUUGCAAAGCUAACGUCAACUGAAGCUACAGCAGCUAACAGCAGCGGUGUUUGUUGUUGUUGUUGUUGUUGUUGUACUGAUGUCGCUGCUCACGGAACGCUAAUGUUGUCAAUGUUGCUGGAUUAACGGAAACAUCUUAUAUAUCGUUCGAAACUAUGGAGCGACCAUCGAGGAAAACGAAAGCUGUAAAUUACCGAGAAUCAACCAGAGACUUUGACGACGAUGAUGAUGAUGAUUUUGCCUUUGUGAAGGCCCCGCCCAGCAAGAAGGCCAGAGAGGAUCACAAGAAACUGUCGAGCAGCUCGUCCAGCCAAGAAACCAGUGCUCAGUCAACGCUGUGCCAGAAAAGCAGGAAACCACUGGAUCAGAAGUUGUAUGAACGAGAUCUGGAAGCAGCCAUCACUCUCUCUUCUCUCAAUUAUGCAGACGAGAUAAAGGACCGAUCGCCUGCCGGUGAAGGAGACGUGAAGGUUCUCAUUCCAGCGGAUGAAAACGCAGAUCCUGCUUCGCGGCACCUGUCAAACUGCAGUGUGGACGGCGCCGUUUUAGGCUUGGAUGAAAUCUCAUCAGAAACGGGGUCAUCCGCUUCAUCCAGACAGAGAAAAUCUUGUGCUGUGCCGAAGGAAGAGGACGAGGACGAGGACGAGGACUAUCGACCCAAACUGACACCAGAUUCAGAAAGUGACGAAGAUUUCAGCGAAGCCGAGGAGAGCGAAGACGACGAAUUCACUUCCAAGAAAGUCAGCAAAUUGAAAAAGAAGGAGAACGUCACCGAGAAAACGAAGACCAAAUCCACUCCAGUGUCUAAAAAAGAAAAGCAGCCGCCCAAGGCAGCAAAGUCUAAACCAGCAGCAGCAGCAGCAGGUUCCACACCAGUGAGAAGUCCUCCAGCAGCCAAAAGUGCACCCAGGAGACCUGCGCAGUCCUCCACUGUGUCUACAGCCAAACCUGCAGCAUCUGUCAGUCCAGCAGGGGGCAGAAUACCCAAGUGGAAUCCUCCAGGUCAACUUGGCAAAAGUCCCACGUCGUCCCUGAACGCAGCACUGAAGUCUCCGGGUCAGGGUCUGAGACUCGGACUGUCGCGUCUCGUCCGAGUCAAACCGCUCCACCCCAGCGUCGCCGGUCACUAACUUUGGACUUUUUAUCUUUAUCACUACUUUUAUAAAGUCGCUUGUAAAUAUCUUCUUGGUUUGUACAUAAAUACACAAAGUCUAUUCUUUAGCUUCAGUUAGUUAGUUAGUUAG